GCGUAUUGCGAUUUUAGCAUCAGUGAGAUGAAAAAAAUCCAUUGUUAUUUUACAUUUUGACAAUUUAAAUAUUGAGUGGAGUACUUUCGCGAGUCACGUGACAAGGGGCAGUCCUGCCAUCAAAACAAACAACGUUACUGCAGAUGAGUUUAUUAUUACUUCGCUGCGCUUGUUGUGUUUGUAGCUCAGGUCGUUUUACUUCUGUUAUUGAUUAGAAAGUGCAUUAGUAACGUUAGUGGAUUUAAUCUCCCUCAUCUAGACCUCUGCUUUCACUCGACUGGAACAUGUCCAUGUCACCAGUUACGUGUUAUUUUGGGCUGCUGGAAGGAGAGGAGGAGGACAUUAAACCUCAGGCAGCAGUGGUUCGGCGGAACCUGUUUGGCCCAGUGGACCACCAGCAGUUACAGCAGGACUUUCAGAGGCUAUUCUGCAUGAACAUGGAAAUCGCCAAACAACGCUGGAACUUUGACUUUCAGAUGGACCAACCAGUCCCCGGUUGCAUUGAGUGGGAGGAGCUGCGGUGCCAGGAUGUGCCAGUGUUUUACCAUAGCUGUGUGUUCAGGCCCGGUAUUGCAAAGCAAACGGUGGAAGUUUGUUCGUCUCCAGCUAUGGCCACAGAAAAUUAUCUGGAGCUGCGGACCAGAGGAACUCUGAGGGUAACCAAACCAGAGAAGAAAAUGGCUGCAUUGCUAGGGGUCAAACGCAGACAAGCAAGCAUCACAGACUUUUUCAGAGUGACAAAAAGAAGAUUUCCUGAUCGCAAAGCUUCAUCAGGACAGUAAACAGACAUUGGACCUUUUUUUGUAUAAAUGUACAUACACUAUCUGCACGUAGCUAUUCUAACUGACCAGCAAAUGCUUAAUAGGAUGUAUAUACUGUACAUACGCACUCACAGAUACAUAUUAUAUACACACGUUUAUGUAUAUUUUUUUUACGAAAUGCAGUAAAAAAGCUAUUAAAGGAACCUAUUUUGUUGUUACAACAUGGAAUCACAAGAUUUAAGUAAAUGUUAAAAAGCCAAAUAUUCCGGUUUUAUAGUGCGUAUGAACAAUUCAAAGCAAUUAAUUCCAGUAAAUGAAAGAGAAUUCACUCUUACAAAAAACUAAUACAUUUUAAAUUCAUGACUUAAUGAAAUGUUUUAUUGUUCCAUGUUGUUCCAUUAAAAAAAUGUUAGGAAUGCACU